UCUGGAACCUGAGCCCGCGGGAAGGCCGUUUCAGUAAGAGAAAGAAAUAAGGGACGUUUUUUUGCCAAAAUGGAAGCUGAAACAGCGUUAGAGUUAGUGAAGGAGGGGGCUACUUUGCUACUUCUUGAUGUUCCUCAACACACCCUCAUCGGUAUUGAUACCCAGAUGUUUUCAACUGGGCCUAAUUUCAAAGGUGUGAAGAUGAUCCCACCUGGCGUCCAUUUCAUCUAUUACAGUUCUUCCAACAGAGAAGGGAAUGAGUUCUCACCAAUAGUUGGUUAUUUUGUUGACGUGAGCCCUUCAGAGGUAAUUGUUAGGAAAUGGGAUCCAAAGGAGGAGCGAUUUGUCAAAUUAUCCGAAGAAGAGGAAGAGAGAUAUGCUCAAGCGGUGAAAAAAUUGGAGUUUGAUAGACAACUUGGCCCUUAUGCAUUGGAUCAGUACGGAGAUUGGAAGCGCUUAUCUAACUUUAUUACGAGGACUACCAUUGAAAAUAUUGAACCUAUUGGAGGAGAAAUCACAGUUAUUUCUGAAUCUGAAAUGGUUGAGAGUGUUCCUAAGACGGCCAUGGAGAGAGUCUUGGCUGAGCAGUUGAAGUGCAGCAAGUUCUCGAAGCCUGAGAAGAAGUCGCCCAGUAAAGGUUGUUAUUACACCUCAAUUCCUCGUGUUAUCAAGCAAAAGGGAGCUUCAGGACAAGAUCUUACUAACAUGAAUCUUGACAAGACACAAAUAUUGGAGACCAUCCUGACGAAGCAAUAUGGUGGUUCAGAAGAUUCACUUCUCGGAGAGUUACAAUUCGCCUUUGUAGCAUUUCUGAUGGGGCAGUCACUUGAAGCUUUUCUGCAGUGGAAGCUUUUAGUCAGCCUAUUACUUGGCUGUACAGAAGCUCCUCUCCACACAAGGACUCAGCUAUUCACCAAGUUCACCAAAGCAAUAUAUUAUCAGUUGAAAUUUGGAUUUCAAAAGGAUAGUAAGGAUACUGGCAGGGCCGAGAAGGGUGCAAGGACAUUGUUAGACGAGUCUUUGUUGUCUGCUGAUAACUUCCUGCGCCACCUUUGUAAGGAUUUCUUCUCAUUGGUGCUUGAUGCCCCCAUGGUUGAUGGAGACCUCCUGACUUGGACUAGAAAAUUGAGGGAGCUGCUUGAGCAGACUCUUGGAUGGGACUUCCAGCAGAACAGUGCCAUUGAUGAAAUGUACCUUGAAGAAGAUGAUGAGUUUGCUCCAGUGGUGGAGAUUCUAGAUGAUCCAGAUCACUGAAGCACAAGUAGCAUGAACAUGAGGCGAUAUCCAAAUGUAAUUAGCUGUUUGCCAAUGUCGAUGUAUCAUAUUUUCGGAGAGCUGCUGCUGAAGGACUCUGAUCCAGUAGGCCAACACCCUCCACAUAUGUGACAGCUCGAUUAACAUGAAUGGUGCAUGCGUCCAGUCAGAAAUAUGAAGUUCAACAUGGAAUCAGAAAGUGGUGUUUUGCUGCUUUACAGAAGUCCUAUGCCAAAUCCUAUCAAAUUAUUGAGCUAAUUGCACGACAUUACUUUUGCCUGGUGUAAACUUAUCAUUAAAGAAUUAGUUAGAUGGUAACUGUUAAUCUGUAUGCAACUACAAUCACUGGAAAGGGGAGCUACUCGUUUUCACAUGUACUUAGAUCUGACUAUUUUGAUGGGUGAAGCCUUUUAUACAGAGUUCUUAUAUUCUUGGAA